AUGGUUUGGUCCCGGGGAUGGUGGCACGGCGGAACGCUGCCGGAACUCGGCGAGAUUCUUUCUGAACUUUCGAGCGAAGCUGAUUUGGAGGAAGCUGCUCUAAAGAACGGCGAACCUGUAGCGUUUUGCUGCUGUUGUAGCUGGGACGUUGAGAGAAAGGUGAAUGAGUAUGGGUUAGAGAGGGCUCCGGGUUUGCGUUUACAGAGAAGAGAGCCAUCAAAGAGUGAGAGUGAUGAAAUGGAGGCUAAGGCUUUUCCUGAUGCCCUGUUUCAUCAGUUACUCCUAAAAUGGCUCGUCCAGACCAUGAAACCAAAAGCGGCCAAUCCAAAAGCCAAAGUAACUGUGGGUGAAGACGGCAUCUCUUACGUAAUCAAUGGAGCGCCAUUUGAGUUCAAAUACAGCUACAAGGAGACACCAAAGGUGAAGCCACUAAAAUUGCAUGAACCGUACGCACCGUUUGGGCCCACCACGAUGUCGCGAUCGUGGACUGGGCAAGCCCCAUUGCCCGCGAGUAAGAAAAAGUUGAAGGAGUUUGACUCGUUUGAAUUGCCGCCACCUAACAAGAAGGGAGUGAAACCAGUGCAGAAGUCGGGUUCCUAUUUGCCAGGAAGCGGACCAAGGUACGUGUCAUCGAGGGAGGAAAUUUUGGGGGAGCCCUUAACCAAGGAGGAAGUUGAGGAGCUAGUUCACUCGUGCAUCAAGUCAAACCGGUAGUUGAAUAUUGGUAGAGAUGGUUUGACACAUAACAUGUUGGAUAAUAUUCAUUCUUAUUGGAAAUGGAGGAGAGUGUGCAAGAUUAAGUGCAAAGGAGUCUGUACAGUCGACAUGGACAAUGUGUGCCAGCAAUUAGAGGAAAGAACAAGAGGGAAGAUAAUUUAUAGACGAGGAGGGGUGUUAUACCUUUUUAGAGGCAGAAACUAUAACUACAGGGCUCGUCCGCGUUUUCCUCUUAUGCUGUGGAAGCCUGCCACUCCUGUAUAUUCGAGGUUGAUUGAGAGGGCUCCAGAGGGUCUAACACCGGAAGAAGCUUCUGAAAUGCGCAAAAAGGGGAGGACUCUGAUACCAAUAACAGAGGAUCAAUCAGUGGUGGGUUGA